AUGAUGGAGGUAGAAAAUCUCAACUGGUACAUCGAAGAGCAAGAGCCCGUUUAUCUUGACCACAAUGCCACGACACCGCUACACCCUGAGGUUCGACGAACAAUUAUCGAUUCAUUAAGUCUUUGGGCAAACCCAAGCAGCAACAAUCCAAAAGCAAAAUUGGCACAUGAUGCGAUCGAAAAGGCGCGCCAACAAGUGGCCGAUCUUUUCCAUGUCACGCCCAAAGAGAUCUUUUUUACGUCAGGUGGCACAGAGACCAACAGCUGGGUGCUCGAUUCGGCGAUCGAGGAAUACAGACAACAGUGUAGAGAAAACCGCGGCCUUCCACACAUUAUCACAUCUGUCAUCGAUCAUCCAGCCAUUGUUAAGCCCUUGAAAAGUUGGCAUGAACAACGGAAAAUCGAUGUAACUUUCUGUAACAUCGACAAGGCAACGGGUUGUGUCAAUGUUUCCGAAGUUGAAGCAGCAAUCCGGAAUGAGACGUGUCUUGUUACAAUUAUGCUCGCCAAUAAUGAGACCGGUGUCAUCCAACCAAUCGCUGAAAUUUCGGAUGUCGUGCGAAAAGCUUCGAAUCAAAUUGGUCGGAAAAUCAUAAUGCACAGUGACACCACACAGGCUAUCGGUAAAGUAAAUAUCGAUUUAAAUGAGCUCAAAAUUGAUUUGGCAACUGUGGCGGGACAUAAGUUCUACGGACCGAGAAUUGGUGCUCUAGUUCUGCGAUCUCUUCUAACCGUACCGAUUCAUCCAUUCAUUUACGGUUGCGAACAAGAAAGAGGUUUUAGAGCUGGAACUGAAAAUACGCCGAUGAUCGCAGGAUUGGGCAAAGCUUGCGAAUUGGCAUUCGCUCAUCUGGCACACAAUGAGAAUCAUCUACAGGAAAUCCGAGACUACUUUGAGAAGCGAAUCAAAGAAGAACUACAAGGGAAUGUGUCGAUUAAUUUUGAGCAUUCUCCCCGUCUUCCCAACACAUCGUCGGUAGCUUUCCCAAAAUAUGCUGAUACCAGCGCAGACCUUCUAUCGAAGUGUCAUUCCUUUUACGCAAGCACAGCAGCUGCAGGGCAUUCAAAGAAAAGAAAAGCGAGUGCUAUUCUCAUUUCGAGUGGAGUUUCUGAAGAGGUUGCACUUCGGACAAUUCGCAUUAGCUUUGGAACGGGUAAUACAAAAGAAGAGGUGGACAGAGUUGUAAAAGAGCUCAAAGCGAUGUGUUUUCUUUCUCAAUUUGGAACUUCCCUGAUUGGAGCAUUUAGUAAAGGCCCAGUUCCCGGGUUC